UGAAAUGUUUCCUUUAUACAAGGCACCAUUGCAAAGUAACUUUCACUCAUUCUAUUAUUUCGUAAACGCACUGCACUCCAUAAGAAAAGGAAGAUAUCAUUUAUAUAUCUUAUUUCUACUUUGUAGACAAAAUGAUGGCCAGUCAGUCCAUGUGAGAGAGCGUCGGAGGAGGAGAGUAAAUCCGCCACCACUACCACCGCAGCCACCACCCGCAGCAGCACCACCACAAGACGCUGUACCAGCUGCACCACCACCCCCACCACCACCAGGCGCUCUACCAGCUGCACCAGCACCACAACCGCAAACUGUACCAGCAGCACCAGCACCACAACCAGAAGCUGUACCAGCAGCAGCGCAAGCACCAGCACCAUCACCACCAGAAGUUGUACCAGCCCCACCAGCACCACAAUUGGAAGCCGUACCAACUGCACCAGUACUACAAGAUGCACCGGAAGCAAUACCGGCCGCAGCUCCAGCUGCACCAGCGCUACCACAACCCGCAGCAGCUGAGCAGUUUCAUGUUACUCAGUAUGUAUAACGUUUUUUCCCUGCGAAUUUACUAAAAUUAUUAAUACCUUUUUGCGCGUUUAUUUGAUGCAGCUCGUCUUGAUAACUUGACUAUGAAAACAUACUCGUUCGGUUUUUAAUAGAUAAUUCAGGCCUCAAAUUACUCUUACAGAGCUCCUGUUUUAUGAUUGACAAUUUUCCUCUCUUUAUCUAGGGUGGAUACACUGAAAGACUUUCAGGCUUGGAUUGAAGUAAGUUUAAUUUAUAUAUUUUGUCAAUGCCUUAGACAUCCUCUUUAGUCUAAACUUUUGGCAAUAAAAUUUGUACAGUAUUUAAUAGUACUUAUCUUUUAUUAUUUAGCGCACCCCGUUAUGAUGCACGGGAGGAUCGGAUUCACGCAUUGAGACUCGUGUUGAGACUAAGAAUGUUUUGUGAGGAUUAGUACAAAUUAGAAAAAUCGCUAUCUUCAUUCACUUUUCAACUUCAAAUAGAACUUUUAAACCCAAUAUUUGGAUACUUUGAAACUACUUUGCAUGACGUAAUAAAAUUCACUUAAGCGAGGGUUAGUACUAUGAUUAAAAGCGUAUGAUGACGUAAUAGCUGCAAAUAACAGGUCCUAUGCAUGCAAGUUAGAAGUUACUUACAUGACAAUUACAUGUUCUAGAAAGUAAAAACACUUCUUGGAAGACUAGGGAAAAAAAGAAAUAUCCACAAGGGGGUAUUAGAGACAAUAAAGUAUUUAUUUAAACAACUUUUGAAAUCAAUAAAACAUCUUGUAUAUUCAAGGCAGGACAUUUCUUUUGCCGAAUAAAAAAUUGCUUUAAACUGAUAUUGCUUUAUGCUGUAAGCCUUUUCGGCACGAUUCGAAAUUUAAGUCUAAAUGAAUCCUUUUUAACUUAAUAUAGAGCAGGACUUUUAACACAGGGAUCAGACCAGGGCACGCUAACGUUCUGUUUUUAACUUAUCUUUUCCCUCCUCGUUCUCCUCCUCUUCAACCUCUUUGACUUCCUCUUCACCUUCCUUAUCAUUUCCUUUAUCCUCAUGUUUACCUCCUUUGCAUGUCUCACUUCCUCAAACGCCUCUAUCCACUUCUUCAUCUUUCCUGUCUUCCUCUGCCUCUUCUUCAUCACCACUUGUUUCGUUAACUCAUCGUGCUGUAUCAUUGUUGUCUCCACCGUCUGUGUUGUUGUCGUCCUUGUCUUUGUCUACGUUGGGUCAGUCAUCUUA